UGCUGAACAAGAUGGCGGGGCUUGGAGACUUAUUGGCUGCAUGUUUAAUCGAGAAAGAUGUUGAUUCUGACGUCCUUUGGACAUGGUCUUACCCCACUAUAACCGAAACGUUCCGGCAGGUCCUUUUGAGGAAAUGCUGUCUUAAAACCGACAAAGAGGAAGUUAUACCUUUUUGUUUUGGCCAGUUCAAUAAGCAGUGGUUCUAUAUUUACACGUCAGAAGUUAAGAACUCCGAUGCUCUAAGCAAGGUUACCCAUGUGGCACUGACACUGAUAGCAAAGGACUUUUGUCCUGAGAAAUACAAGAGUCUGUGCAAGAUCAUGUGCAACAAGUUCAUAAAAACUGGUGAUGCUAGUGCAAUGCUGGAGCCAUACCUGUCUGUUAUUACAAAGGGCUCUUGUCCUAAUGAUGACGAUGGUUUGUUAAUAGUCAAAGACUUUGAUCCUCGCUUGUCGUAUGUUGCCUCUCCCAUCUCAGAUGUUAUUAACAUAUUUGGGGUGGAGACAAUCCUAAUAUACACAGCCCUACUGCUAAAGAAGAAAGUUGUGGUAUACAGUCCCAAACUUGAAACUAUUUUAGAUAUUUGUAGGGCGUUACCUUUAUUAGUGUGGCACCGUCAGAACUGGAGCAUACUCCAUCCUUACGUUCAUCUUGAAGAUGAGGAACUUGAGAAACUAACCACAAACAUAACUUAUGUGGCUGGCUUCACUGAUGCAUCUGUUGAAAGCAAAACUGACUUGUAUGACUUGUUUGUUAAUGUUGCUGCUGGAGAGAUAUCCAUUGCUCCUGAAGCACGAGAUACUUUUCAGAUGGGAAAAAUUCACAAGGACAUAGCAAUGUUUAUGGUAGAUGCUGCCAAAAACGAGGAGUACAGUGAUCAAGGGCUCGUCAAGGAAUUGUCCGUCAAGACGAAGGAUCUCAUAAACAAUCUGAAAAAGCUGGCUGUUGAAUUAGAGGAGGGUGGCAAGGCCAGGAUCACCUUGGAGGCAUUAAAACAGCGAAAACUAACACCAGUUGUGGAGAACUUUCUUUUCAACUUGGCCGCAGCUGAGGGCUUGGUUUGAUGCUUCACUUUUGUAUGGUUUGAAUUACGCCCCAAGAUCUGAAGACCUCUUCUCCUUGUUGACUGCAAAACAGCGAUGGCGGAUCUAGAGGAGGGCCUGGGGGGUCAGCCCCCAUCUUUAUUUUGGUUAAAAAAAAAAUCGUAGAAGGAAGAAAAGCCGGCAGGGAAAGCGACAAAAAAAAUCGGU